UAUGAGGUGUCUGGAGAGGAGCACCUCUACUCUGACUUCCCCGAGAUCGAUCUGUCCCAGCUGGACGCCGGCGACCUGGACUCUGCUGGCUGCUUCAGCGAGCUGCACUGGGACAGGGAGCACUCGGAGACCGACUCCAGCCAGUACAGCACCGACGACUCCGAGCUCUUCCAGAUAAUAGACAGCGAGAACGAAGCGCUGCUGGCAGCCCUGACCGAGACUCUGGAUGAUAUUCAGGGAGAUGACAUGGGCCUGGCUGCCUUCAGAACUAUGGAAGAGGGGGACACGCUCAGCCCUGCCACCACCUCACCUGCCCCCUCCCCCAAACCCACCGCCCCGGUCACGGGGGGCCCCCCGGCCCCCGAGGGUGAUGAGCUGUCUCUACUGAAGAAGCUGCUCCUGUCUCCGUCCCCUCCGAGCUGCGAGGCCCAGCGGGACGGGAGCGCCCGGCGCCCGGGGACCCCAAAGUCGCGGCCCCCACGGCCCUGCACUAAGGUGGAGGGUCCCCGGGACAGGAGGGCAAGCGUCCCGCAGGCACAGAGCCGCAGCUGCACGGAGCUGCACCGGCACCUCACCUCCAGCACCUCCUGCUCGCAGACCAAAAACACCCAGGUGUCUCACGCUGUCCUUGGCACAAACUGACCCAACCUUUGGGAAGAGAAACUUUGAGCCAAUGCUGACCGUGGAGCUGUGUGGGACAGCAGGUCUCACACCGCCCACCACUCCGCCAUACAAACCCGCCGAGGAGGACCUGUACAAGCCAGACAUCCCCCAGGAGGCCGGGAAGGAGGAGGGGAUGGCCCCCAGCCCCGGGGACGCGGCAGCCUCGCAGAAAGCGCCCAGGAAGCACCCGGAGAGGACGGAGCUGUUCGCCCACCUGAGCCGGGCGCGGGCGCUGCCCGAGCAGCAGGGCGUGCUCAAGCGGCCCUUCUCCCGCUCCUUCGGGGACCACGACUACUGCCAGGUGCUGAAACCCGAGCCUGCCCUGCAGAGGAAGGUGCUCAAGUCGUGGGAGCCCCCGAGCCAGCUGGAGACGGAGCACAAGAGGAGGGUCCCGGCCGCCCACUACCAGGGGCUGGAGCUCGGCAAGGACACGGGCGCCGAGAUGCUCUGGAAGGACGGCGUCAAGCAGCUGAGAGACCAGGAGAUCCGAGCCAGCUUAACAAAGCACUUUGGCUUUCUGGACAGUGCCCUCGAUGACGAGGACAUGGUCUUCUGCAAGACCCCCGAGUACGACACCGUCUUUGAGGACAGCUGCAGUGAGAGCGGCUCCCCCGUGGAGGAGGAUGAGGAGGAAGAGGAGGAGGAGGAGGAGGAGCACGGCGACACCAAGCUGUGCCUGAGGAGAAGCGCCCUUUCCAGGGGCAGUUUGCAUUACUGCUCCCGGAGCAGGUCCAGCUCGGGCUCCUCGUGCUGCCGGUCACGGUCACCUGCCAGCAGGCGCACCUUCAGGUGUGAGAACGGCGAGCAGUGUCAGGGCGGCAGCGGGCAGCGGGGCCAGCUGAAGAAGAGACGGGAAAAGGCCAUCGGGGAAGGCCGGGUGGUGUACAUCAGAAACCUCUCCAGCAGCAUGAGCUCCAGCGAGCUGAAGAAACGCUUUGAGGUGUUUGGUGAAAUCGUGGAGUGUCAGGUCCUGACCAGGACUAACAGGGGAGAGAAGUACGGCUUCAUCACAUACCGCUACUCCGAGCACGCCGCCUUAUCGCUGAAGAACGGCCCCUCGCUGAGGAAGAGGAACGAGCCUUCCUUCCAGCUCAGCUCUGGUGGCCUGGGGCGCUUCUUCUGGACCAGAUACGCUGACCUGGAUUGCGGCACGGACGAGUCGUCCCCAGCUCCGGUGAAAAGCAAGUACGAGACCAUGGAUUUCGACAGCUUGCUGCAGGAGGCCCAGCUCAGCCUGCAUCGGUAACAGCCUUAACCUUGGAGGAAUACCUCAAUACCUCAGUCAAGGCACUUCCAAUAUGUUUACGUUUUCAAAGAAAUUAUUCAGUCUAUGGCAAGCGAGAGAGCGAGAGAGAGCGAGAGCACGCCCGCGAGAGAGAGACUGCUGUCCCCUGAUCGAUGUUUACAUUGAACAAAGCUGCUUCUGUCUGUGAGUCCCCAUGGUGUUGAUGUCUCACUGCCACACGUUAGUCCCCCCUCUGCUUCUGACUGGUUGUUUUAGGGUGAGCCUAGGAGCCCCCCGGCCCCUCUUCCCCCUCCCAGCCCUCCCCAUGCUCCCGCCGUGGAGUUGCAGCUGUGUUCACCAUAACAUUUUUUUGUCCGUAGUGUGUGAUGAUGAAAUUGUUCAUUGUGAAUAGAAUCAGGAUUAUAAACUAAUUUUUAAUAGAAGAAGAGAAGAAAAAAAAAGUAUAUACUUAAAAAAAUGUAUUUAUGGCUCAGAUGUACUGUAAUUCAGAUUUAUUGUACCGCUUCCUUGAUUUUUAACUAUGCACUGUAAUGAGGCACUUGCCACUCAGCAAAUGGGGGGUCAGAGCAGUCACAGAGCUGACAUUCCCCUGCCUCCCUUGCUGGCAAACCGGAGUGCUCGGUGCUUGCCCCGGGGUCACCCACUUUGCUGUCAAAGCCAUUCUUCGUGCUGGCGUGGCCCGAGCCCCCAGCAUCACCCCCAUGCUGAGCUGGGUGCUGGUGGGUGAUGGAUGCAGCUUUGCAGGCUGCAGAGGCUGGGAGAGGGAUGCAGGGCCUGCAGCCAGCGCUGCUGCUGCCUCCGCUGCCUUUGGAGCCAGGAGAGAGGGGCUGGGGGGCUGCAGCCAGCUGGGCACAUGGGUCCUGCUGGCACAGCCUGGGGCAUGGAUGUCUCCGGGCCAUGUGGAGGAGCUGGCUCCUCUCCAGCUCCUUGGUUUGGCUGCGAGACUGGCCAGGCCCUGUGGCUUGAUGCACACUUGCUUCCACACCCUGCAAAGCAAGCGGGGCAAGAAGACCUGUGUGUGCUUCCCACUGGGCAGCCAGCCCCAAAUCCAGCCCAAAGUAAGGCCAGCCCCAAGUGCAGAGAGGUGGGGCGGGCACAGCACCCACACUGAGCACCCACACUGAGCACCCCCAGCCCCCUGCCCCGUAGCUGAUAAGCCAUACACGUCCCAGCACCCACCCGCACCCCGGAUCCGUCCAGCGCCCCGGGGCACGCCUCUGCCUCUGGCCAAGGGCCCUCGGCGCUGGAUUGAAGCGUAAAAUGAACUUGUGGACUCGCCCUCCACGUGUGGGUGUGGUGGGAAGGGGACAUAGCCCCCCCCAGCCGGAGCGAAGCCCACCACCAGCCGGCCAGAGGCGCUGUUUUCCCAAGGGAGUGGGAACCUUGCCGCUCCUCAAGCCAUCACCACCUUCUCCUUUUAUUUUUGAGCCCCAGAGACCACUAGGGAUUCAGCCAUCCUCUGUAGAUAGAAUAUUAUAGCCUUAACUCUGCCAAUAGAUAGAUUAGAGUCUCCUGGGGUCUCCCCUCCCCACGGCGUGGGGGUUUCACCCCCGGUUCCCUGGGUACGUUCCGUCCUGCAGGGAGAGCGACCAAAGCCUGGGAAGUGGCACAGGAUGCGAGGCCCGGAGCCGGAGCCGUGCCAGGGUGGGCUCUGGCAGGAGCAGGAAUGCCGGCAGCGCCGACACCAGCACAGUUCCCUGGCUGUUCCCUCGG